UCUGCAUCAUUCGCCAAGAUGCCUACCAGACUCCUCAAAACGCGCAAGCACCGCGGUCAUGUCUCCGCCGGUAACGGUCGUGUCGGCAAGCACCGAAAGCAUCCCGGUGGUCGUGGUAUGGCCGGUGGUCAGCAUCAUCACCGAACGAAUAUCGACAAAUACCAUCCGGGUUACUUCGGAAAGGUUGGAAUGAGAUAUUUCCACAAGCUCCAGAAUCAAUUCUGGAAGCCGACCAUCAACAUCGACAAGCUCUGGUCCCUCGUUCCCGAGGAGCAGCGCGAAAAAUACAUCUCCAACCCCAAGUCCGACACCGCUCCCGUUCUCGACCUCCUUUCUCUCGGUUACUCGAAAGUUCUCGGAAAGGGCGUACUUCCAGAAGUCCCCAUCAUCGUGCGCGCGCGAUUCUUCUCUCAGGAGGCUGAGCGAAAGAUCAAGGGUGCUGGUGGUGUUGUCCAGUUGGUGGCUUAAGCAUCCUGCAUUUCCAACCCUGGAGUUAUAUCGGGCAUACCAAGGAUCAAAAAGGGUUACAAUCAAUAGGGUCAUUGGGCAUGUCGAUGCGGACUCUUUAAGCGUGGUGGCUGAGGAACGGUGUUUGUAUCCCUAGUGGCUUAAAUACAAACCUGUUCCUGAACAAACCAAUCCCUUCUGCUUCACGCAUGGGUCUCUAUCCGUAGUCAUGAUUCGCUCUGUUGUUUGUGAUCAUCCGCUGAUAUGCUGCUACAUCGAGUCGGUGGUCUCCUUUGAGGAACCUUGCUGCUGUAGACCGUCACCGACCCGAGUCUUGUGUAGAGAAUGGCUAACGUAAGGAAACUUCCUCAUGCGCUAACAUUAGCAGGAAUUGAAUAAAGUAGAAGUCACACAUGUCUAAUACCAUUCAAUUAACAUCUAUGAAGUAGUUAUACAUCCGGAUCUAAAUGCGG